GCAACACACCCAGCAAGGCAGUCCUGAGGAUCUUUUCAUUCUUCACCCUCUGCCAAUUUCCUUCCUGAUCCACACCACAAGACAUGCUGCUCCCCAGAGACCUUCUUUUGCUCCUGUGUACAGGCAUCGUGGCUGGAUUCCAUCCCAACCAUGAAUCAGGGGGCAUUGCCCCAAGUGACUUCACAGAUACCGACAUCACUGAACUGGGGGUGCUACGAGCUGUUGCCUGGUACAUGGAGAGGAACCCUCUGCCUGGAAAAUCUCCUGUGGCCUCUGGAGAGCUAGAAUUUAUGAAGCCACUGACUGCUAGUAGACUAUUCAAGGCUUACUUCCAAGCUGAUGUCUCUGCCAACCGGUUCAUCAAAGCCCUUAAGGAAAUUGUUGAUGGGAAUAAUCAAGUGGAGAUCUAUCACAUGGAGGAGAGCAGCUUCUUUUUUCACUGCGAAGACAUCGCCAAAAGUAUCAACCAGCUUCGGGUGCAGCGGGACUCUAUGCUCUCUGGCCUGAAAGGCCCAGUGACCUCAGCAGCUUUGGAAUCAGCUCGCCUAAGUGCAGGAAAAGCCCUCCACAUUCUUCAAAAAUUCUACAGCAAUACUAAUUGGAUUGAGAUGGGAAACAUCAACCCUUAUGAAUACCUAUUAAAUGCAACCCGUUCUGCUUUUCCUGUUGCCCCUGUUUCUAAGACAACCUGUGCAGAUUGCACCAAAGAAUCAAGUGGCCGGUACUUGUGCCAAGGAAACAUACUAGUGGAUGAUCUGCUCACAAGUGGGUACAAAUUAUCAACAACAUGCAAGACCAAACCCCAAGGCAAAUGUGGACAUGGUGGAAGAAAUGAUGUGACCCAAAAUUACCCUCCCACUGGGGGCAUCAACAAAGAGACUACUGACCCCCUGCUCUCUCCACACUAUCGUUUGCAUAAGAAAGCCGCUGAACUAGCCAUAAAAGCCACUAGGGACUUCUUUGUUGGAGGUGGAUCCAGCUUCCUGGAACAGGUGGGUCGUGAUAUUUUCCAGAGGUUUUUCAACUUGGAAGGCUAUUCCCUCACCUUUGCAAUAGAUACAACUGGCAGCAUGUCAGAUGACAUUGAACAGGUCAAAGACAUUAGCAUCAAACUCCUUCGAAAAUAUUCUGGUUCCCCGGAUGCACCUUAUAACUUCAUUCUUGUGCCUUUCAAUGAUCCAGAUGUUGGACCUGUCCUUAUGACCCAUGAUGUAGAUCAGUUUGAGUCCUUUAUAGCUGGACUCAGAGUUACCGGCGGUGGUGACUGCCCAGAGAUGUCGUUAACUGGACUAAAGCUGGCUUUGCAAAAGAGCAUGCCAAGAUCCAAGAUCUUCAUCUUCACCGAUGCUGGAGCAAAAGAUGCAUCCCUGUUGGAUGAAAUCAAAGUCCUGAUUGAUUCUUCUGAGUCAGAGGUGAACUGUGCCCUCACAGGGUACUGCACGAGCCGGAAACGCCGAAGUAUUGAUGAAGAGAGUCCCGAAGCCUCUGGCCGAGGUUAUGCUAACCUCUAUGAAGAACUUGUUGCUUAUUCUGGCGGUUAUUACGUGAUGACCACUAAGAGCCAGCUCUCUCAGGUCCUGGGGAUCAUGGAGCUCUCCCUGAACGCUGCCCCUGUUAAGGUGACCCGUGCUCGUCUGCACGGGACACAGUUCUCCUUCCCUGUGGAUGAGACCCUCACAGAAAUAACCGUGUCGGUUAAGAGCUCUAGCGCCUCCAGAUUCAGCAUGAAUGUGCUGCAGCCUUCAGGUGCCCAAGCAACCACUGAAACAGUGAUCAGCACAGCAAGCCAUAAGGUCAUGAAGGUGUCUCGUAUUGAUCAGCGAGGUGCAUGGUCUGUGACCGUGUCUCCCAGCGGCUCCUAUGAGGUUGAAAUCGGGGGCAAGAGCUUGUUCGACUUUUCCUACCAGAUUAUGCAACAGUGGAAAGAGUACGUGCUUCCAGUUCAGGGUCGGCCUGUAAAAGGAUCAAACUACAUUGUCUCCUUGAAGCUGAUGGGAGAAUCCAAAGAUGCUCGGAUCCAACAUCUGGUCUCUGUUUCUGAACAGGGGGACUCCAUGGGUUCCAUCGCUCUGAACCAAACCUCUGAUGCCAUCGGCAACCUCUUGGCCAUUGCUCCCCUUUCCUUUAACGCACCGAUGACUCUGCUGAGUGUGCAAGGCGUGUCUCCAGGAGGUCUUUCCUUUUCACGAAUCAACACUGAUCCCGUCAGCACAGAGUCUAUAAAGAUUGUGCCUAUACCAGGCCAAAAUGGCACGAUGCCACCUGGUGGACUUCUGGAAGUUUCUGUCAUGGUGGUGAAUGACGGGUCAGCUGCAUCAUUUACUUUCAAUGUGUGGGAUGAUCUGGGUUUCCUGCAGAGCUUCAGGCCAAACAGAAGUACCCUAAAUCCAGGGGGAACUGUCAACCUAACUGCAACUUUUGUGGCAGCUGGAGAGAAUAGUAGCUUUGCCUCCAGCAUUGCAACAUUCACAGCUAGAAGCUCCUCCGCCCAGAACUACCUGAAACUGCCUAUCACAGUAAUCCCGGAAGCUGCCCUGGAGACGGAUGACAUCCCACCGGUACACAAGCUUCUCAACUUUUACAUGCCUUGCGUAGGCCAAAUCCAGCAUCAACUGGACUGCUCUCGGCACAUCUGGAGCAUGAGGUUUUCUGCUAAAGAUGCUCACAGUGCUGUCACUGUCCGGGUCAACGUUAAUCCUUCUCACCUGUCUUGCCACCCAUGGGGGACAAAUGACAAUAAGGACGUCAUCUGUCACUAUGAAGCAAACUGCUGUUCUCCCUACGCAGAGGUCCUGAUCAGCGAUGAGAAUGGGAACACAGACAGUUUCACUGUGGACUACAGAAGACCACAGCCCACUGAAGCCUACUAAUAGAGUUAUGUUUCUGGAGUCUCGCUGCCAUUUGUCUCAAGAAGGGGAUGCCAUCCACAGCCUAAACUGACAAGUAGUAAACUUGCCACAGCCACAGUAUCCAUGGCACAUGAAGCCAAAUAAAAUUUCAGAAAGCAA